CCCCGUUCAUUGUCCCGACAAGAGAAGCUAAAGCAAGAUGGACUCGGAAAAACAGUCAAUCGGCCGCAGAUUGAUAGUCUUGAUUUUCGGAGAUGAAGCCAAGAGCAAGGAAGAGCGCUGGCUUGUCCAGAAACUCGACUUCUUUAUUCUAACAUAUUGUUGCUUCAGCUUUUUCUUCAACUAUCUGGAUCGUUCGGCAUUCGCCAACGCCUAUGUUGCUGGUCUUCAAGAGGCACUUGAUCUUGCCGGAACGGACUACAAUGUGCUUCUAUCCAUGACAACUGCUGGUUAUACCAUCGGCCAGAUUCCUCAUAGCAUUGCUAUCCAAGCCAUUGCUCCUCGGAUUUAUUUUCCCACCAUGGUCAUCAUCUGGGCUGGACUUACCAUGUGCAGCGCCGCCUGCAAAACUUAUGGACAGCUGUGCGCAGUGCGUUUCCUGAUGGGCCUCAUCGAAGCCAGCACGUACUGCGGCACUCUUUACGUUAUUGGUUCCUGGUAUAAACCCAGGGAAAUCGCAAAACGUACCGCUAUUUUUACUGCAUCGGGCCAAGCUGGGUCUAUGUUUGCGGGUGUCAUGAUGACCGCCAUCUACAAGGGGAUGAAUGGAUACGCUCAUUUGGCCGGCUGGCAAUGGGUCUUCCUCAUCGACGGCAUCAUCACCCUUCCUAUCGCUAUCAUGGGCUACCUAUACUUCCCAGACAUUCCAGAAAACACCAAAGCAUCAUUCCUUAGCGAAUCUGAGAAAAGGCUAGCUCUAGCAAGGCUCCCGCCGAAGCGAGAAGACGGACACAAUAUCAACCCGUGGUCUCUCAUGAAGCGAACCUUUACGUCUCCGACCAUAUACAUUUUGUGCUCCUUCUCCGUGGUCUGUGGAGCUCUCGAGGCAUUCUGUGUCCAAGGCUGUUUCUUGCUCUGGAUGAAGUACCAAAGCAAGUACUUCACACAGGCCCAGAUCAACACAUACCCUCUUGGUAUUCAAGCAGUGGGCAUUGUUUCAAAUCUCAUGGCUGCCGUCUACAUUGACAACACUGGCCGCCGCGUGCCAAUGGGAAUACUUGCCUGUGGCUUGCAGCUUAUCACAUCAAUUAUUCUGCUUGUGCCAAACGUUUCGUUUGCUGCCACCUUCUUUGCAUUCUACAACGCUGGAACAUCUUACAUCAUUAAUCCCCUCCUUUUCGGCUGGGCGAACAUCAUCUGCCAACGUGGCGGUGAUGACGCGCUUCGUGCUGUCAACCUUGCCGCCAUGAAUGCAGCCAGCCAGAUUCUCUACACGUUCUGGGGAAUUGUGCUGUACCCUGCCUCAGAUGUACCGUACUGGCGAAAGGGUGCUAUUGCAAUGAUUUGCAUUAUCGUUGCGUUACUGAGCAUGCUCUGGGCCAUGCAUUGGCUCGACAAGCACACCGCAGCCAAGCAUCCUGAUGUUAUUGACUCUUCAGUGUCUUUAAGUGAGAUCAAGGAUGACAUUACAGUCAAGGAGAAGGAGAAGGAUCUCAUCAAGAGCGGUGCUGCGGCGGACGCCAUGGGCAUUUCCCUUCCUGCUUGAUAAUUGCGACCUCCCAUAAUACCUGAUGUUUCCGCAGGUCGCCUCCGAAGCGUGCCAAGAAUGAACUGGUUUAUCUGGUUAUGAAAAUAAUAGCAAUUCAAUACUCUGG